AUCGAAGUUGCAGGCAAUGUUUUUCCCGCUACCAUAUUCAACCAACGUGUUUGUGUAUAUAUUUAUGAUGUAAAUUUGUAUAUAGACAGUUGUUUUCCCCAAGUGAACUGAAGUUUCUACCAUUAUUUAUGUAAAGACCUUAUUUUCAAUACCUAAGACAUCAUUUAAGAAAAUAAGUUAAUUGACUUAAAAAAAAUAUGUGGAACGUUCUAAAUUUGAAAUGUCCUACAGAGGAUCUUUGUCAAUAUAAUUCAUUGGAAGGAGCGGUUUUGCAAGAAUUGCCAAGACUAGUGAGCUUGUUAACAACAUCUGCUGAAGUGCUCACUCAAGAUCAUCCCAUUUGGGCAGAAAUAAAAGUUUUUCGGAAUGUUCAAGAGAAAUAUAAAAGAAUUUUACAUUGUGACAAAUGUUUGCAAUUACUUCAGAGAGUAGGGAUUUGUCUUCGAAAAAUGGUUUUGCUGAAUCUUUCUAAAGCUUAUUUAGACCUUGCUGAGAAAUUUUUAGCUGGCCUUCAAAGUCAGAGUUCACCAAUACAAUUGCCUUCUUGUCAACAACUUGAAUUUGUCUUACUUCGAACUCAGUCAGCUGCAAAGUUAAUAUGUGAAGCGCUGCACUAUUCCAGAGAAACAUUCUGUUAUCUUAUUCAGAGAUUAAGAGUAGGACAUUUGAUUUUAAAUUUGAUGAUGGCAACAUCUGUUACUGCAAGAGUAAAUAUAUUGUUCAGAGGUCUCCUCGUUCAAAUAUUUGAUAUCUACAAUAAGCUUUACAUUUGGCGUGGUAAGCUUAAAAAAGGAACUGUGGAAUGGCCCAAACCUCUUGAAUUGCCUAAAGACUUGGAGGCUUGGUUGAAUCCAGAAGCAGCCGAAUUACUCAAACCAAAACAGAUACCAAAAACCGAACUUGCUUUUUUAUCUCAGUUCUUUGAGAAAAAAGAAAAUGGUGCAAAAUCAGCUGAAGUUUCUGAUAAUAUGAAUGACGAUGAAUGUGUUAUUGUAGAAGAAACAAGUCAAUUACAAUUAGAAGAUGAUGUGGGAGAAGUUAUUCCAAGACCAAAGAAGCAUAAAAAAGAGCUAAAAAAAGGAUUCACAAAAGCACAAACUCUGCUGCUUGAAAAAAUAAGAAAUGCAGGGAGCCUAAAAAAAUUAAAGAAUAUUUGGAAUAACCUUGAUGUUGGUUCACAAGUUAUGUUGAGAAAAGUCCUUACACCAUACAAAAUAAAAGCAAUAGAUGGAAUAUUUCACAUAGCAAAAAGUAAACUUCAAAAAAUCAAACAAUCCGAUGUAUCAGACGAUGUCAAAAAAGAACAAAAAGAUGCUGUUAUACAGUCAACAGGAAUUAAGCUUGCCAAACAUUUAGGAUUGAUAAAGACUGAACCUGAAACAUCUACAGAUGCAGCAAGUAGUUCAGUGUUACCUGUUAACAAAUUAAAGCCAGCAAAAAGUUUAAAAGAAUUUAGAAUACUUUAUGAGACAUUAUAUGAGAUGUUGCUUUCUACACAACAGUAUGAAAAGUGUGAUAAACUACAAAAGAAAUUUAAAAGAAGAAGAUCCGAUAUAAAGCAAUUGAGUCAGAAUAAUGAAAAACAACUUGCUAAGGAGUUGUUAAUUUGUACAUCUAAAGAAUUCUUGAUCAGGUUUAAAAGCUAGAACUAGACUAAAUCUUCCUAAUUAAAAAUUUUUAAAAAUCCAUUUGCAUUUUUUUUUUUAUUGAAGUAUUAUUAUUAAUUUGUUAAAAUAAUUUUCUUAGUAAUUUUUCCACUCCAUUGCCAGCUUUUCUUUUUUGAUUUUUUUUAAAGAAUGUUUUUAUAUUGAGUGAUAAAAAAAUUCUUUCACAGUUUUGAUUUUGGAAUUUUUGAAAGUGAAACUUUGGAAAGUUUGAAAGGGAAAUAUUUUUGCUAAUCCUGACGGGUGCAGUGAAAGAACAUCUCCUGAUGGAAUGAAGCGAAAAAAUUGUAAAGUACACAAGUAAAGGAUGAUAAAUAAUUUUAAAGUGUGUUUAUUUUUAAAUGAUUUUAGCAAGAAAGUUUUGUAUUUGUUAUCUGUUUCAAAUUAAAGUUCAAAAUUUAUACAAAA